AUGCCAGUCAUCGAUGAUGGAAAUUGUGAACAAAGAAGUAUCAGAUUAAGAGCAUUCAUUCAUGUUCGCCGCAAAAGAAUCUCUUCGGGAAGUAAAGUAUUCUUAAAGACUGUAGUUUGUCUUUUAAAGAUCAUCACAAAGUCUGAAGCUAAACGAGGUCUUGCAAUGCAAAUUUGGGUUAAUUAA